AUGCCUACGGAUGUAUUCAACGAUUCUGGUGAAGGCUCCCGGCCUCAGACACCGUUUCAUCCCCGCUACGAACCGGUAGCCGGGCCCAAAUUUGGCGACGUCAUUGAAAAUCUGCCGAGGGCGGACGAGGCUUACGUCGUGGCAAUCAUGGAUCAGAACCGGAAUCCUGAUAUUCCCCACCAUAUCAUCGAGGACGGCCCAGACCUGUCUGACAAAGAGUCUUAUACCUCAGAACAUCGCGAUCACGAUUGGGCCUCGCCGUCCCGUCCCCCCACUCCAGGCAAGAAGAUGCGACUUCCGGCCCCCCAGGAGAGCGACAGCUCUUCCAAGUUUGAGGCGCUACAGCAGCUAGCCACCGAUGCUCUGGCAAACUUUGCUUCUCCGUCACAAGCAUCUGAUCUAAGCCCCGGCCCUCAACACGCCCCUCACGGUGAUCCAAGGCGCCAGGCCCCUGCCCUGCUGACAGGUCGAGACUUGCCUUUCCGUAGAGAGGGCUCUUUACCGGUUUCUGCUUCUGCCCCCACUCCUAGCAGUAGCAGCUCGUACGCUCCACCAGACUAUUUUCAGACCAAUACCUUGCUCUCGGCUCUGAAUCCUACUAGCCCGGUUGGUACAGGUCUGCCGGCAGCGCCGCUUGCAUCACCGAAGUCUAUCGGCCCCCGGAGUCCAACGGCUAGCCUUCUGCCACAUCGGCCGUCCCAACAACAUUUGCCACGCUUAAACUCGGCACCCUUAAACUCGGCACCGAAUCCAACGGGGCGGCUUCCAUCUCUACACCAGUUAAUGGGGCCUCACUCGCCAACCAGCAGCAUAGAACGCGAUGAUGACCAUCUCAGUUACCCGCAAACGUCACCAUUCGCCUACCAGCCAUCGGCCUUACCGCGGCCACCCUCAAUUUCCGGACAUCACCAGGGCACUCCUCCUGUCUCUCCUAACGGGAGCUAUGGCCGUGAUUUUCCAUCCUCCCCGAAGCCACAGGGCCGAACAGCCAAUUACUAUCCAACUUCGAAACCUGGGCCUAUCAUGGCCAGCGGUGUAAGCGCCAUCACAACCUCCUCUCUGCUCAGGUCGGCGGGAGGGGAGUACAUGGCCAACAGCAAUGCUGCGACGUCCAACACAGACCACUCCGGGUUAAGUGCGGUAGAAGGACUGGUAUCGAGUGGAAACGGCUCAGGGAGCUCCGAGGUCGGCACGUUCAAGUGCACGUUUGAGGGUUGCCAGGCGAAGCCAUUCCAGACACAAUAUCUGCUCAACUCUCACGCCAACGUUCACUCAUCAGCCAGGCCGCAUUACUGUCCCGUCCAGGGGUGUCCGAGGAGUAAGCCAGGCCAGGGUUUCAAGCGCAAGAACGAGAUGAUCCGCCACGGCUUCGUGCAUGAAUCGCCGGGGUAUGCUUGCCCGUUUUGUCCAGAUCGGGAGCACAAGUACCCCCGGCCGGAUAAUCUCCAGAGGCACGUCCGAGCUCGCCACGUAGAUAAGGAUAAAAAUGAUCCAAAACUCGUCGAGGUGCUAUCCCAGCGCCGUGAUGGUAUCACACGUGGUCGCCGCCGGAGAGGAGCCCAAUCAUAG